AGGGAUGGCUGUUUCUCACCUGUCAGUCCUGAAUCAUGCCCUCUUGUCCAAGCAUUCAUCUGCCCGAGUCGAAACUUCAUAACACACAGCCACGUUCAGCUGAAGACGGGCCUACAGACCCAGGAUCGGCACCUCUUCCUCUUUACGGACAUCCUUAUCAUUGCAAAGUCAAAAUCCCCAUCCCACUAUAAACUAAAGCACCAUGUGCGUGUCAGUGAAAUGUGGACAGCGUCAUGCAUGGAGGAAGUCUGUGAAGGAAGCACAUACCCAGAGAGGUCAUUCGUCAUUGGCUGGCCAGUCACCAACUGUGUUGCCACCUUCAGUACUCCAGAGGAGAAAGAAAAAUGGUUUAUGCUUCUUGAAAGAUACAUGAAGGAAGAGAAAGAAAACGACCACCCAAAAAUCAUUCCUCUAAAGAUUAUUACAAAGGAUAUCGGGAACUGUGCCUAUUCAAAAACACUGACUGCCAGCAAUGAAGACACAGUGAGUGAUGUCAUUAAGAUGGCUUUACAGCAGUUUGGUGUAGAGGGCUCAGAUACAGAUUACCAGCUGUGGGUCACCUCGGGCAAAGAUGAUGCUCCUUAUCCUCUUAUUGGGCAUGAAUACCCAUUCUCAAUAAAAAUGAGCCAUAUUCGUGAUGCACUGCCACAACUCCAGGCAGGGAAGGAGCCCACCUGUCCCUUAAACCUGGAGGAGCCCUUCCUCAUGGAACAGCUUCCUCGGGAGAUGCAGUGUCAAUUUAUACUGAAGCCCAGCCGUAUGGCCAUAUGCCAUUCGCUAACUGAUUCAAGCCAGAAGCCAUUUAAAAGGAAGAGGUCUAUCAUAAACUGGACCUUUUGGCGUGGUUCUAACACUCAUCUGGACAACAUCCCGCUCUCUCCAACCUCCUCAACUCCUGGAAAGCUGUUUGGAAUGUCACUGCCAGCCAUAUGUGAGAAUGACAACCUGCCCAAAGCCAUAAUGGACAUGCUCUCUGUUCUUUGCCAAGAUGGGCCAUUUACGAGAGGUAUCUUCAGGCGUUCAGCAAAUGCAAAAUCUUGUAAGGAAAUGAAGGAGAGGCUCAAUGCAGGAUUCCAUGUUGACUUUGCUUGUGAAUCUAUCUUUGUCACCGCUUCAGUGCUGAAGGACUUUCUACGCAACAUCCCUGGCAGUGUCUUCUCAUCCAAACUGUAUGAUAAAUGGGUUUCUGUGAUGGACCAUGGAAGUCUAGCUGAAAGAAUAAAGGCUGUUAAGAAGUUGUUGGAGAAGCUUCCUCAAAUUAAUGUCACUUUACUGCGCUACCUGUUUGGGGUUCUGCACUGCAUUGAACAACGUUCUGACACCAACCAAAUGACAGCCUUCAAUCUGGCAGUGUGUAUUGCUCCUAGCCUGCUUUGGCUACCAAACCCUUCCAGCCCGGAAGCAGAGGGAGAGUUCACAAGAAAGGUGUCAGUACUUGUACAGUUUCUAAUUGAAAACUAUUGUACGAUAUUUGGAGAAGACCUUUCAUUAUUAUAUGCCAGCUUGUCAUCAAAGGACGACAAUAGAGAGGACAGUUCAGAUCUUUGUUCUUUUAAACAUAUUGACUCUUCAUAUGACAGCCUGGAGAAUGAACUUAACGAAGAUGGAGAUUCCCCAUACAGUAGCUUACCUACAAAGAUGAGUCAUGAAAACCGCAGCAGAGACUCUGUUUUGACUCUGAGUGACUGUGAUAUGGACCAGGCCUACCAUGAAGAGACCCAUAACUAUGGUUGCUCUAAGACCUCACCUCUGAAGAUGUCAGCAGGUUCUCACCAUCGAUCAGUGUUACAUGAGCAAUCUGAGAAUGAAUCUCUGUGCUCAAACACUUCAGGAUAUUCCUCCACAACAGAUGUGAGGAGGCAUCGGCGAUGCUCAGAGCCGGCUAUUGGAAUCCUGGCAUCCAGGUUCAGCCAGCUUAAUGAAUCUCCACAGGAGAAUAACUCGAGCUGUGAUGCACUUCUGUCCCAGUCAGCAGAUGAUUAUCUUAAACAACAUCGCUAUUUGCAAGUUGAAGGGCAAAAACUUAUUAAUCGCAGCUUGACUUUAGGUAUUGAUGUCUCCAAAACUAACAGUAAAAAACAGACAAAUGACAAAAAAAGCACUCCUAAUAGACUUCUGCCACCUAGUGCACUGAGGCUAAACAUUUGUUCUCGGACCAGUUGCUCCAGCUUGUCUUCUCCAGGAACAUCUCCAUCAGGAUCUUCGCUGAGUUCCUUGGACAGUGCUUUUUCCCACUUCUCAGAUUAUUCGGUGGUGAAUCCAAAUGAAGUGCCUUCAAACUUUGACUGUACUAUAAGGCAACACACAAAACUAGUGGAACUCAGUCCAGACUACCUGAGUAUUAACUCCUUAUCGGUGGUUGAUCAUGAUAAACAGCCUUACAACAGUUCUGUUCUUUCUACGGGAAAAAGUGAAACUGAGUGGCCAAGCCACAAAAGUCCCGUCAGCACACAACCAAUUACUUGGUUGAAAAAUGGCAAGUCUGGUGUGAAGAGCUCCAAAAAAAAGGACAAAGCAAUGACACAAGUGGACUGCUGUAAAACAGAUGGAAAUCAUACCACUAAAGAACUAACUAAAUCUGAAAUUUCAGAAUGUUCCUUCUUCUUUGAACAAGGAUCUGUGCCAAAUAUAGACUGUGAAACAAAGAACCGAAUCAUAAUACAAAGGCCAAAAGAACUCAAGGAUGAUAGCCCUCUAAGUUGUACUGCAGGGUUUCGGGGGGAAAUGAGUAGUCAGAAACCUUCACAAAAACCUCAUAUGGCAGAGAAAUGCUUGGCAGACAACAAAGGAAAGGGUGAAAAAGAUGUGGAAUGCAGUGCAUUCCUUUUCCCAUCUCCCGUAUCCAUAAACAUUGAGCUAUCAGCAAAAAGCCAAGAUAGCACACUAAUGCCACAAACUGUUUUCUUUGGUCAAAAUAUUGCACUGUUAGGUAGGAGAAACCGAAGAAAAUCUACAAACUCCUACAUUCUAGAGGAGCCUGUGCUGCUCAAUUCAAACCUAAAGUCUUCUAGUGAACAUUCUGUCCACCAGGUGGAGGACAAGACAUCUUGCUCAAAAGAAGAGAUUGCCAAAACAUCACUUGGUAGGGACAUCAGCAUUCUUGUCACUGGUUUCAAGAAGAAUAAAGUGUUACCUGCUAAUGUGGACACUGGGGCCAAAAUUGCCAACUGUGACUUGGUGAAAAAUUUUUGUGUAUCUCCAAAACUGAGCAACAGUACAGGAGACCUAAUCCUGCAGCCAGAUCUACCUAAGCCUGUGAAAGACACAGAAGACUAUGAUAAUGUCAUAAAGCAAACCAGCCGGGACUGGCCUGCAAAACGCUGCAGUGACCCCAAGUUUGAAGAGAUAGACCAAAGAUUUUUCACUGAGGAGUCCUAUGUGUGA